CAAAUCUUGUGAGCUGUCUCUACCAUCUUUAGUUUGGUCAACAAAAGAUCUGAGCUUUAGGGUUUUGUAGAUAGAUAGAUGUAGAGCGUCUUCUUUAAAUUUGCAGACUUUUGUUGUUGUUGUUGUGAUUUGUGUCUUUGUUUUUAAUCUAGCUUGAAGACAACAAUGUCUAGUCGUUGGAGCAAAUCGUCCGAAACUGUUUCAAUUGCUGAGUACAAUAUUCUGAAAGACAAGUAUGAGCGUCUGGUGAUAGAGAACAAGAGUCUAAUCCAAACGAUUGAGCUUCUAGAGAAAACGCAAGGACGAACAUUGGAGAGGAGGGAACAGAUUGCAAAUUUGGCCAACAAUUUUGGUGAAAUGCAGAAGAUGCUACAGACCUUCGAAACGGAUAUCAAAUUCAUAAUGUCUGUUGAUGAUGAUAUCACUGAGAUGAACGGUGGUGGUGAGGCUUCAGGUAGUGCAAGACCUGCAAAGAAACCUAAGGUGGAGACAAAAGAAGAUGUGAUAAUGCUGCUUAGUGACGAUGAGGAAGGGGAUCAAAGAGAAAGCAAUGGAAGGCAGAGUAGCUCAUCACAUCAGGACCCUUUCAUACCUAUGUGAUCAAGAUCUGGAAUCAAUUUAGGAGUUGGAGAAGGACAGUGUUAAUUCGGAAGUGUUGAAACUGAAAACUUCAAAUCUUUUUUAAGUUUGGUAGUUCUUGUUGCUUUUAUUUCUACAUAGAUGAUGACUAUGAAUAUCCCCUGCAUGUUCUUGUUAUUGUCUCGGAGUUUGGAGAUUUAAGACAUU